AUGACCACGAUUUCUUGUUGCAAGUCGUUUGUUUCGGCUACCCUUGUUCCGCUGGUGUACAUCGCAUGCAUCCGGGUUUGUAGUUGGGGAUGCUUCAUCAGGGACGACAAGAAGACGAUCUGGCGGCGAUUUUUUGGCGCCUGCGUCGCUUGCCUUAUUCUCGGCUACUCUGCUUCAUAUUGGAAGAAUGAGAACCUCACUUACGCGCAGUUUUUUGGAUUUCGUGCCUCUGGUCUUUUGCCGGCGCUUGUGCUGCCUUUACAGCUGACUGCAUUCCUUUACCUCGGACCGAUUGUACUAAGUAUCGUCGAUGGCUGCUGGAGACUGGACUGGGAGUCAUUACGGCCCGAUUGCAUAACAUUGCGUAACCUGGUGCUCGUAAGUGACCUCACGUUACAUGACGUGGAUCGCCCAAUUGGUUGGUCGGCUGGGAAGUGUACUCGCAGUUAUUCGUUUCAGGCGCCGUUGACCGAGGAAUUCGCAUUUCGCUGCUGCAUACUACCCAUGUUGCAAAAUUGUCUGUCGGCAAAGACGUCGCUGUUCAUAGUGCCAUUGUUCUUCUCCAUGGGUCAUUUCCAUCACGUCAUUGAACAACGACGUUUGGGUUACAGCUGGAAAACGAGCAUCAAUAUUUGUGCUUUCCAGGCGUUUUACACAUACAUAUUCGGCCUCUACGCGUCAUUCCUGUAUCUUAGAACCGAUCAUUUCGUCGCAGCCGUUUUGUGCCACUCGUUCUGCAAUCGGAUGGGCUUACCUGAGUGCGAUACUGUUUAUGGCCUUCAGCGCUCCAAAAGAUGCCUCGUUUGCUUUUCGUACCUUUUCGGCUUUCUGAUCUGGCUGUUCUUGUUUAUUCCAACUACUGAACCCCGUAUUUAUCAGAAUUUUUUCGCGCCUGACUUAUUCUAA